AUGCAAUCACACAGCACCCUCACAAAGGAAUUGAAGAAACAAGCGUCAGCCAUUGUAAAAGAAAUCCAAGGAAGUGAACUAGAUGUGGAUUAUGGAAAAAAGAUCAGCGUUCCCAAAGACAUAAUGCUGGAAGAGCUUUCCCUUCUUAGCAACAGAGGGGCCCGAUUAUUUAAAAAGCGCCAAAGAAGAUCUGACAAAUACACAUUUGAGGGAUUCCAGAACUCUGUCAAUUCACAAAUAAACAGCUAUGCACCAUCCACAACAUACUGUGACGAUGGAACAGAAAAUUGCAAAGCCAUAGGGAAUGGACUACAAAGUGGGCAACAAAACAUCCCUAAAACACCUCCAAAUACACCUGAUCCAAGGACUCCACCAAAUCCAGAUUCGAUUGCUCCAGGAUAUACUGGACCACUGAAAGGAAUUCCACCUGAAAAAUUUAAUACAACAGCUGUUCCAAAAUCAUAUCAGACUCCAUGGGAGGAAGCUAUUGCAGAUGAUCCAGAACUUCUUUCAACUUUACAUCCCACAAUGCCAGAACUCACACCGAAGGUAGAACUGGCUCAGUACAAGACUUUUAACAGAGUUGCAACUCCUUUUGGUGGUUUUGACAGAGCUUCCAAAAUUAUGAAUUUCAAGUUACCAAGACUGGAUUUUGCAUUACUGGAACCGGAGCUAAAGUUGCCUGUUUUCCAAGAUGGUACUGCUGGUCGGCCAAACUUCAACAGAACUGCUCAAGGUUGGACAUCUAACAACGUUCCAAUAAUAUUUGAUGAUCUGCCUUUGGAAGAAACCAUUCCUGAAACAGAUGACCUUUAAAAUAUUACUGUGCUCUUGAUUAUACAAACAAGGUAUUUUUCUUCAAUAUAAAUAGAUAAUAAAGCUUUAU